GGUAUUUGAGAAUAGUAGGUGGGUAAAAUUAAAUAAAAAUAAAAAUGUAAUGCUAAUAUAUUCAUCCUGUACAUUUUGGAGAGUAAUUUUUUUAUUGAUUUGAUGUAUAUUUAUAAAUAUAAUAUAACGGAAAGAGAAUAAACUGUUGAGUUUUCUAUUGAUCGGUGAAAAUGCCCAAAGAGUACGAAAAAUGAUCUUAAAAAAGUAAAAAGACCUAAACAAGAAAAAAGCAAAAUAAAAACUGGUUAAAUGGAUACGUUUAAGUUAUUGAAACACAUUUGAAGCUUGGAAGUCUAUGUCGUUUAAAAAAAUGCAAAAAUCAAUAUCCAGGUCCUACUUAUUAUUUUCUUUUGCUGUAAGUAAUAUAUUAUAUUAAAAUAAACCAAACUAAUAAGUAAUAUCUAAGGAAUAUUAAUUAUUAUGUAAUACGCAUAUGGCAUAUCUAGCUAUCAAUAGAUAAAUAUUAUAAUAUUGAUAAAAUAAGUAGGUACCUACGAGGUAUAUAUCUAUAAAUACAGCAUAAUUCAAUAAUGUAGGCACGGUACGAUUGCAGGAGUCAUUUGCCAAUCAUUACGGUUCUAGAUCUAUAUAUGGAUGCGAUAUAUUAGGAUUUGCAAUCACACAAUUCGACGUGCUUUAGACAGACAGGAAUCUAUGUACCUAUUACCUAUGAAUAUUAUAUGGAUCUUAAACUUCUUCAACGUUACAUUACAUAACGUGUAUGGGCAGUUGCGGCGACCUUAAAGUGUCAAUCGGUCGUACCUUUAUAUAGCCUCAAGUCGGUAAACCGCGUUCCCGUUGUAGUGAUUAUAUCAUGCGAUGACAUGCAUGAUGUAUAAAGUAUAAUAUUGUACAAUAAUAUGAGUAAAUGUGUAAUAUUGUGCAUAGGUAGGUCGUUGGGUAUGAGGCUGUGUCGGUUCGUCAUGUUUUCGUUUUCUCAGCGCUAUGCCACCAUCCCACCGACCGGUCGGGUGAUCGUCCGCACAAUCGUUUAGGGCAACGUCGUCAUCGGGUCUCGCCGAUGAGGCGGGCGCGUGAGCGGGGUACAUACCAAACAAAAUAUGUGUGUCUGUGUGUGAACCGGUGCCCGCCAUAUAAUAAUAAUAAUAAUAAUAAUAAUAAUAAUAAUAAUCAUAAUAUAAUUAUCAUAAUACGUUGCGCCGUAUAGAACGACUCACAGAAAGAAAAAAACCAGAAAUCGUUAACGAGCACAGGUGUGCUGCAUCUUACAGGUAGUUGUUGGUCGUCCGUUGCUCAACGAGUUUUCAUCUACGCACACUACGGCCACAAUGAUUGUAAUAAUAAUAAUAAUAAUACACAUGCGAGCGCACUACAUAGGACGACGAUGACGGUUGCUUCGGAUACCUGUUAUAACAUUAACCGCGGCGGAUGUGGCGGCGCAGCAGUCGUUGUGCCGGAUCUCCACGCUCCCACCGGCUGUAGCCACCAUCGUAAUUUCGAACAACGCAAUCGUCGAAGCGGUCUCGUCGGUUUUUUAAUAAUAAUAUCCUUUCCCCCGUUCGCGGUGCAGUCGAUGGUGGUUUCGUGCGCGGGUGUGGUGAGGGGGAGAGGUCGGCCGGACGCGCGCACGCACACGCCGACCGAAGUCACCGAACGGCGAGCAGUCGUCUUGAUGUUUUCGCCGUGGCGUAGUCGACUGCUGUUCGGCCGAAUCUAGACAGUAUCGUAUGCGUGCUUUGAGUGUUAUGUUCCACUGCGAGUUGAGCAUCAGCGGCAACGGAAACAGCACAUUCGUCGACAUCACCGCAUAGUACCUGCUCAAUACUAUUAAUAAUAACGGCAGGCUGCGGACGAUGGCCGCCACAGCGGUGACAAGGGCUCAAAACCGGGCCAUCGCAAAGGGCACAGAUCCAAAGGCGGCAACUUGCCGGGCAAAGUUGCAACGAGCUCGGUCUGCUCUGAACCGGCAAAUGGACCGGGAGCUGCGGUUACGCGAAGGCGCCGAGAACCUGUUGCGGGCCACCACCAAGGAUGGCGGUGGUAGCGAUAACAGUGGUAUCGUCGGUAGUGGCGGUGGCCUUAGAAAUAAGAGCAAAAGCAGAAAGCUCAUCAGGCAAACGGUGGCACUAGAGCUAAGUUUCCUAGAUUCCAACGUUCGAUUGCUGGCUGACGAGCUGGCGGAGCUCAAUGGUUCAGUUGACGUGUAUCAGCACCGAGACGAUGACGACGACAAUGAAGAUUGUUUUGACGGAAGCCGUAGUGAUCCUGCCAUGGUAGGUGCUAGUGCGGAUGGUACAAUGGCGAAUCGACGUCGAAUGCACCGGCAACGGUUAAUGCCUAUGAUUGCAGUACCGUUGAAAGAUACCAGACCCAUAGAUUUUGGACCACCACUCGAGCGGUUCAUCAGUCAACACUAUGGCGUGGAUUUGUCAGCGGCACCGGAAGAGACCAACACUGGCCAAAGCGGUGUGGGGGACGACGGAGACAACUACGAUAACAACGGUGGCGCGGUGCGGCGACGUUCGUUGUCGCUACGCGAAGCCAUUGACGAAUUGACGCAGCUCCGAGUGGACACACAGACGCCUAGCAGAGACUUGGAUGGCGUUCGACUUUUGCUGAGGUACUACAGGCAGCUGUACUACGUUGACCGCAGAUUUUUCCCACCAGCUUCGUUGGCGGUGCCGGUUACGACAACGUCGCGACAUUAUCACCAACAUAAUCGCCAGCAACAGGACCCCAAUUAUCGUCACGUUAAGCAACAACAGCAACAGUACUCGGCCGUCAUCGGCUCGUCACCACCACCGGCCAUUUAUUUCGAAUGGUACGAUUCGUUUGGUGGUCCAGUGCCGUCUUGCGGACAACGCACCGUCCGGUUUGAGCAAGCUUGCGUACUGUUUAACGUGGCCGCGGUGCACACGCAAAUGGGCGCCAAGCACGACCGCCGUUGCAGAGAUGACGCAGACGACGGUGACUACGACGACUACAGCAUGAGCAUUGGCUCUGGCAAGCGGACCGGCUCAUCGUCCACAUCGACCGGACCUGAAGCGGCCGAUGGAGCCGCUGCCGCUGCGCAGUGCUUUCUGCGAGCGGCCGGAGCGUAUCGGCACAUCGGCGACACGUUCGCCAACGCGCCCGCCCGGGCAGCCGAUCUGCGAGCCACAGGCGUCCUAUACGCAGUCAUGAUGGCUCAGGCUCACGAAUGCGCUUUCGAGAAAUUACAAUGGCGGUUCUUGACGUCCGUUCGGCAUCGAUGUCGUCGUCAACGUCAUCGAGGCGACCGAUCCAAAGAAGCUGAGGCCGAAUCUGAGGGGCUUGGCAGUGGUGACCGUCGUGGCCGUGGUGACGGAGAUGCCACAACUAGACGAACGUCGGCAUCAGGACGUGUCAGUGGCGGUAACGUCGGAGGAAUGUGCGAAGUAACCUCAAAUACACCUUCGUGGACAGAGUUGGCUCGUGAAGCGGCCCACGUGUCACGAAUGUACGGAGACGUGGUGUACAACAGCUGCACCCGCCAGUCCAACGAAAGAGCCACUCAUCGUGGUAAGGAAAACGGUGGCGAGCAGAGAGUCACGGCGACACCGGUGUCUAUGUUACCAGACGUCUGGGUAGCCGUGUGCCGGAUUAAAGACCGGCACUACGCGGCGUUGGCGUACCGUUACGCCGCGUGCGCCCUGCUUCCUUACCGCCGAUGCAGCGCGGAUGGACAGCAGGACAAGCAGCACCAUAUGGGUGGUGCCCGGCGUCGUGGCACUGUCGACUCGGACGCCAGCCAACUGUUGACUGAGUUAUCGGCGGCUGCGGCGGCCGCGGGCCUUGGGGUGGCCGAUGACGACGACGAUGACGAGACGACCUCAGUGGCGGUGCAACAGCGGCGGCGUCGCAAUCAACUCGGUAAGCUGUUGCUAGAGGCGGCCGCAGCGGCCCACGACAGAGCGGACCGCGCACUGCGACUGUGCCGGCAGCUCCGGGCCAAAACCGAGGGGAAUACAUCGGGCAGCGGCGGUGGAGGUGGUUUGCUGGCCGGUGUGUUGGACCGGGAACGCCAGCGAACAGUACGGUUGUUGUUAUCGCAACUCCGCGACGAAGAAGAAGACGACUACGCUACGGCCGAUGGUGAAGGCGGUGGAGGUGGCUGCAGCGAACGCAAGGAAGGCCGUGCCGAGAAAAAUUGUAGCCGUUGCUGGGAUUGCCACGACUGUUGCUCAGAUGACGACGGUGUCGAUGCUGCUGCGAUAGCCGAUUAUUGUUCUGCCGACCAAGAGGAGCUUACCGCGGCUGGGAUUGCUGGCGUUCCAGGCCUGGACGUCGACCGCGGUGUGUUAAUUAGACCAAGGACUAGAUUUCGAUUGAUGUCGAUUGCGCCAGACUUCACGGACACCGGUGACGGAGGCAACUACAACGAUGGCGACGAGUACGUUGAUGACGAAUACGACUUGGACGUCUUGGCGGUGACCAAACAACGUGGCGGAGGUGAAGAUCGACACCAACAGAAGCGAGAAGAACGGCAGCAUGAGACCGCCGAUCGCGAGGAACGCAGAGCCGAUCUGUUCGCCGGGCUAGGGCCCGUUGCCGUGUUUUCGGCGCGGCACCAGUGUUCGCGGCCGCGGUGGGUGAAAGUGGCCCACGGCGGUGGGCGUCAUCGUUCCCCGGGCGGUGGCGACGAAGACACUUGCGACGACGACAAAUCUGUCGCAUCAGUGGAUCCAAUUCAGCUCGUGGACCGGUGGUUCGGAUUUGAGUUGCGCAGCCACGGCGGUGGCACAGCGGCUGCGGUUCCGCCGGCUACCGUAGGACACGUCAGGUCCAAUUCUCAGGCACAACACAUCGGUCUGAGACGUGGCGACAUAGUGGUGGCGUUGAAGUUAUGUGCUGGAGAUGGUAGCGGCGGCAGGGCGAUGGACGUUAGGUGGGAAACGUGCCGCAGGGUGGCUGAGUUUAUCGUUCACCAUCACCAGAGACGCCGGAAGUCGAGUUCCGGCGAAGGAGCAGUCAUCCAGUUGAAAGUCGUCACGCCGAUUACUACCGCGGCGGCGUCUGAUGGCUACCAGACCGUGGAUCCAAACAAGGUUUAUAAACGGAGGAAUACAAAUAUGGCAGCCUUAAAUUCAAGUAUACAUUCCGCUCCACCACUGCCACCCAUGAUGUCACAGACCAAUUCUAAACAACGUCGUCAACGAAGGCAGAACACAAACGGAGGAAGUGAAGGAACCGAGAGUACUAAUAAAAAAAUUACGUGGUUGUGGAAUCCUUUCAGACGGCGGCGGAGAAGCGUAGUCGGCAAUAAAUGUUAAAAAAUGUGCAUGGAUGUAAUGACUGAUAAUUGUCGUAAAAUAUUAAUGGAUGUUAAAUGUAUACCGUUUAUAAACCAUAAGACACUUUUAGGAUAGUAUUUUACUAUUAUAAUGUAAAUAAUAAAUACAAGAUAUACAUUUUUAUUUUUUUUUUAUAUAACUAUGUUAUCUUAAAAUUCAAAUUACAAUUAAAGCUUAAUAAUAAACCCCCACUAGAUUGCGGGGGUUACUUACAACAAACAAAAUUCGAUCGUUACCUUAGAUUAUAAACAUAUAAUAAAAAUGUAUAAUAAUAAGUUAUUGUUCUAUAA